GCAGACCAUCUCCCUUUCUUCUCAAAGAAAGAUCUCUCGCUCCUCAGCAGCUCAGGCCUCAGCUCACUGAAAAGCUCCUUAAUUACAUCGGUCCUCUCCCCGUCGUCGCUCGAGAAACAGCUAAUGGCUUCUUCUUCCAGCGCCCGAGGCUGCCGAGUGGCCACAUGCCUCGUGCUGGUUCUCCUGCUCGUCAGCCUGCGAGAAGCCUCCGCCGCGCGCCCGCUCCGGCCGGCCGGCGACGUGUCCAGCGAGGUGAAGGACCAGGCGGUCCUCGACAAGUACGGGCCGCUUCUGCUCGCCAUGCUGCCGAGGGCCCCGACUCCGCUGUCCGCCCCGAGCGGUGGCACGAACGAGGCCAGGAACUGAUCGAUCUAUAGCACAGAAAUCGUUAGGCAUACGUAUGCUCAGCAAUAGUGAUGCUCAGUGGUUGAUGGUUUGCUCCGUCUUGCAGUACAAAAACUUGUACAGGAUUGUUAGAGUGGGAAACAGACAUAUAUUGUAGGGAUAUACCCCAAACAUUAUACCUUCAUUCUUUCAU